UCCAAUAAGAAACGCGCAUGCGCAGCCGCAGAAAGAGUCAGUCGGUCGUCGGCAGCCUCCGCGUAGAGUCAACUUCUGGGUUCGUUUCUUCGCUCUCCAGUCUUCAGUCUUCGAUCUACAAUCUCCGGUCCGUGCUCUUGGGAUUCCAAUCGCAAUUCUUAGUUUGCAUGUGCAGUGAGCUGCAUAUAAUAUAUAUUAUUUAUUGCAACUUGUUUUCAAAGUCAUUACGUGUCGUGCCUUGGUGUCAGUCGGUAAAAAAAAUAUAUUGUGACUUUAAAAAAAAAACUGAAAACAGAAAACACUAUACUCCAAUCGAGUGCGAUUUAUUUUUGGCCUUUUCUGGAACUUCCUGACUGACAAAUUCCCAAAGUGCAUCACCUGCAUACCUAAUUCACGAAUUUAAAACAGGGCCAACAUGCAAAUGGAAAAGCGCACGGUUCUGGUUCUUUUGCUGGGAUUGGUUUUGUGGGCGGGCACUUCGCACGCCGCCCGUCGUUUGAGGAAAAAGCCCAAGGUCUACAACGCCCUGAUCACCACGGACGAGAACUUGACCUCCAGCCGGGCGUAUCCCGUCAUCCAGCCAACUAUCCAUGAGCCAGGAUAUGCGCCAUUCGGACCGUACAAUCCUUUCGGUUACUACAGUCCACCUUUGGUGAGAUUCGGUCAACCGAUUGUGCCUGGAUUGUCCCCAAAUGAGAGAUUACCCUACCCCCUUCCCUCGGCCACUCAAUUCCCUGCUGGAUUUGCUCCGUAUGAGCCCCAACAACCUAUGGAGCAACCUCCCCAGGAAGCUCCUGCCUCCCUAGAGCCCAAGGAGAUGUCCAAGGAACAGAUGCCACUGCCUUUGAACGAGCAGGGUCUUCCCCCCGUGCUGAUUCCCCUGCCAUCCCAGUACAGAGGCCAACCCACUCACCUGCCUCCCUACCCCUACAGCCAAUAUCCUGUGAUCUACGACCAAGCGGGUUAUAUUCGCCAGAACUACCUGCCGCCCUACGACUACUAUCCCACCCAGGGUUACCCCACUAGGGAGGCUACACCAAAUGCUCCAACCGCCACGCCGCCAAUGCAGGAGCAAGAGCCAGAGAUCCAGCCCCUUCCAUUGGAUAACCUGGAGCCAGUGAAGCCCAGUUUCGAGGACAUUCGCAACGGAUCAGCGAGCAAAAACAGUGCAGUUCCGGAUGUCCCACCGCCACCGAUACCAUCGGGGCCGAAGCGUCCACGACCGGCGGAUCCGGAAAACUGAAUAAUUCCGGAUAAAGCCGGGCACCCAGAUCCACACACGUAUUUAUUACCAUUUCGCUUAAGCUUAAUAUCGAUUCGAUGCAUUGUACAAUGUCAGUUAACCCUUAACGCUAAGUAAGAGUUCAUUCAGAGAUAACGUUUAAAAUAAAUAAAUAAAAAAUCGCCAAA